UGAGGGGGCGGGGCGUGCGUGGCUGCUGCAGGCCACGGGGCCGGUGCGGAGCCGGGCCUCGCGUGUCCCCGUCCUCACCGCCCGUCCUCUCGCGCGAGAUGCUGCUUCUGGCGUUGGGCGGCCCGCGGGCGGCCGGACUGCGGCUCGGCGGGCAGAGGACAGCGUCGUGGGCGCGCGCCGCGCUCCGGGGCCCCGGGGCGGCCGUCUCGCGGGCGGCCUCCCGCAGCGGCUCGGCGGGGCCGCGGGGAGCCGCGCCGCUGCUCCGGCGUCGCGUGCCAGCGCAGAUACCUGUUUGUUGGGAAAGAUGUGUUCGAUGCUUACAUACACAACUUGAAAAAUCAGAAGAUGGAAGGCUGAUUUAUACUGGGAAUCUGGCCCGAACAGUAUUUGGUGUGAAAUGUUUCUCUUAUUCUACAAGUUUGAUCAGCCUUGCGUUUCUACCAUAUAUUUUUGCACAAAAUAAUAUUAUAUUUGGAAGUCUGCCUUUGCAAAUCUUAUUUUAUGGCAUCAUAGGAAGUUUCACAGUGAUCACUCCAGUCCUGCUUCACUUUAUCACAAAAGGCUACGUUGUUCGGUUGUACCACGAGGCCACAACAGACACUUAUAAAGCCAUUACUUAUAAUGUUGUGCUGUCAGAAACGAGUACAGUGUUUCACCAGAAUGAUGUGAAGAUUCCAGACAGCACACAUGUGUUUACCACGUUUUAUGCUAAAACAAAAUCCCUGCUGGUUAAUCCAGUGCUGUUUGCAAACCCCGAAGACUAUAACCAUCUAAUGGGUUAUGACAAACCGUUCACUUUUGACAUGGAAGAAGCCGGUGAAAAGAAACAGCUUCAAGAUGAGAAAUGAGUCUGCUGUUUUUAUGUUUGUGCUUAAAUGCAAUUUAUGUUUCAAUAUAUAAUAAUAAAAUUGCCUUUACUUUUGUUUUCUGUCAGUGACUGUUAAAAGUAAUUUGAAACAGUGUCAAACAGAACUUUUAACUUUCAGAGAAUUAUGUUUCUUUAUAAUAAAAUAAGCUAUGUUUGAAAAACAAAA